AUGACGCAAGCUGUCACGGACCUAUAUGUCUCAGCCGGCCUUCCUGACUACUAUGUGAAUGUCUUUUUCUUCCCUAUCCAACAAAGCCUUCGCUAUGUUGCAGGCAAGGAGGCGUCUCGUGUAAUUUGGAUCGAAAUCAUUCACGUUGCUCGAAAUUGGGAUGGAGUGGACUUGGAAGGGCCAUCCAAGUUUAAAGAAGCCGUCAACCGCGUCACGGAGCCCUACGUGCGUGACGAUAUACACUUCGAGUAUGUCGUGAUAGAAGGACCAGCGGCGCUCUGGCAGAUCAAUGGAAUCGACCCUCCCGAGAGUUUUGGCCCCGAGCAGCAGUACGUUGCGACCCAAAAUAAGAAGCUCCUUGAUGACUUGCAUCAGCGUCUCUUGUCUCAUUAA